AUGCGGAUGGUGCAAUGGAACGAAUAUCCCGAUGAGAUGAUCCUGUUCUCGAGAGGACACACGGAGCUACCCAAAACAAGCAGCUUAUACCAGUUAACGCCGAUGCUGGACGAGAACGGAGUUCUACGAGUCGAAGGAAGAAUUGGAGCGGCGCCGCAUGCAUCGUUCGAUGCCAGAUUCCCGGUGAUCCUCCCGAGAAAGCACCCGGUGAUAAAGCUAGUGGUAGAUGAUUUCCAUCGAGCCUUUCGCCACGGAAAUUCCGAAACGGUAGUGAACAAAGUCCGACAGUACUACAACAUUUCCCGAUUGAGGACGGUGGUGAAGCAAGUUUCAGCAACGUGCCAGUGGUGCAAGAGGAAGAAGACGUAUCCUACGGUUCCACGAAUGGCGCCGUUGCCGGUGGCUCGUUUGUCGUCGUUCACUCGACCAUUCACCUACACCGGCAUCGAUUUCUUCGGGCCGUUAUUAGUGAAACUUUUCUACACCGUCGUGCAUCAAAUCUAUACCGAUAAUGGUACCAACUUCAAAGGUGCCGAACGUCUGCUGCGGGAGGAGCUCGAGAGCACCUCACAUGGGCGGAGCGUGGGAAAGGAUGGUAUACGGUCGAUUAAGUCGGCUAUGGAGGCAGCUUACAACAACGAUCGGAAACUGGACGACGAAGGACUAGGAACACUAGUAGUCGAAGCCGAGGGCAUUGUUAACAGCCGUCCGCUUACCUACUUGCCCCUAGACGCUGCCGAAGGGGAAGCUCUGACGCCAAAUCACUUCCUCCUAGGAAACUCAACGGGUGUUCGUCAGUCUGCAGUAACGUUCAGUGACGCGGCUUCCGCGGUUAAGACUUCCUGGAAUCUAAUGCAAUAUCAACUGGACGUGUUCUGGAAGCGUUGGAUUCGGGAAUAUCUCCCGAUGCUGACCGAACGGAUGAAGUGGUUUGGAGAAGUAACGCCUGGUGCUGUUGGGGAUCUAGUCCUUGUAGUGGACGACACCCGUAGGAACGGAUGGAUUCGAGGAAGGAUCAAGGAUGUCGUGGCAUCGGAAGAUGGACGAGUUCGGCAAGCUAUAGUUCAGACUGCGAGAGGGAUGUUACGUAGACCGGUGUCAAAGUUGGCCGUGUUGGAGGUUGAGUCUGGUGGUAAAACUGGAAAUGGUGGCCAGUGUUACGGGGGGAAGGAUGUUGCUGCCAGCACUGCCGCGCGGUGUAACCGCAACCGAACGACAUCACCACUUCAACUGGUGAACGAUGUUACCAAGACUUAA